UACUGUUCACAAUUCAAAUGAGUAGGUGUUUUAAAAAGACAGAAAAUUGUGAUAUUUCACAUGCAGGAUUAUUUCUUAGCUGAAAUUCGAUGUAAACAAAAUUCACCAUGCCUUUCAAGUCUCUGUUUAAAUGUUGCACAGACAAUUUGAAAGGUACCUGGAAUAUUGGUAAUGACUCGUUAAACACUUCGCAACACAACCUGGUCUCACAGAUCCCAGGCAUCGAUGGCUUUGAUCCUAAUACUGAGAAUGUGUAUGAUAACCACACUUCUAUGUUUAGGACAGUCGCCAAUGACGACAUGCCUGAUUUUGCCAAUCUGGAUCACCUGACCUCCAGCCCAAGGCGAACUGUACAAAAUGAGUAUUGCAGACCAAAACUUGGAACGAAGAAAGAAGCAAGUGAGCCAGAUGAUACUAGGAGAUUAAAAAGUUCAAAGAGGGGAAGUUUGAAAAGGCUUUUGUUUAGAGAGUCUGCAAUAGAGUGGAGUCCAAAUGACAAAGUUCAGAGUGAGGUAAUACAUCAUUUUGGGAGAGGAGAAGUUGCAGGACUAGAUGAUAGCUAUGUAGGUGAUGAUGCAUGUACAAAAGAUGAUUGUAGCGUUUACCAAUGUGUUGAAUUAAAAUCUUGCUGCAAAUUAAGCUGUAAAUAUGCUGUCAAUAUGGUGCGAGAAAGGCCUCAAGCCUCAGGAAUAAAUCAAGACAUUGAAUCUGAAAUACCAUCAGAACCAAAUGAGGGAACUUGCAAAAAGAAGAAAAAGAAGAGAUGUUCAAGUCAAGGCAAGAAAAAGUCUUUGAAAUUUUCACUCAAGAAGACUAAAAGUGAUAGUGGGUUACCAACUUCUACACCAGAUUGUUCAUUUAGAUAUUUCCAAGAUGAGCAUGAUAAUAAUUAUGAUGAAGUUGAUCAAUACAAAGAGAAUGACCUAGAAUAUGAUUCUGAGGGACAUAACUGUGAUGAUCAUAUCUAUGAAGAUGUUGUUGUACAUUUUGUUAGAAUUAAGGAUUCAAAACCUCACUUGAAUACAGAUCUUCCUGUUGGAAUAAUUGCAAAAGGUGAUCAAAGUAAUUCUAACUCUGAACAAAGUCAUUAUGCUACCUAUAAUAGUUAUGAAACACAUACUGAAGAUAUUGAUUUACUAGCUGAGGCUUCUGGUGUUAAUGACAAAGAUAAUGGACAUUUAAAUCAAAAUACUGUUUUGGUUGAAAAUGAAUUACAGGAUUGCUUGGAUGAAGAAGAAAAUAAAGUUGACCCAGCAGAGAAAAUGGUACAAAAUAAUUCUCUUGCAGAUACUGCACCAUUUGAUAGUAUGAAUAAAGACAAAAAUACUUUCAAAAGAAAAAUUGAUUUUGAUGACAUUGUCAAUGUUGCUUGUAUUGAAUCUGAAUUAGUAGAUGAUUUGAAUAAUAGAGAUGAAACUACUGCACAAAACAAUAUUCACUCUUUGAAAGAAACAAAUUCAGAUAAAACUACUUCACAAAGCAAUAUUGGCUCUCUAAAUGGAAUAAAUUUAAGUUCAAACGAAACUUCUUCACAAAGCAAUAUUGACUCCUUAAAAGAAACAUGCUCAAAUGAAAUUACUUCACAAAACAAUAAUGACACUCAGGAAGACACAAAUUUAAGUUCAAAUGAAAUUACUUCACAAAACAAUAUUGACAUUCAUAAAGACAAAAAUUCAGGUUCAAAUGAAACUACUUCACAGAACAAAAUUGACUCUUUAAAAGAAACCUGUUUAAAUGAAAUUGCUUCACAAAACAAUAUUGAUGCUCUGAAAGAAAUAUAUUUAAGUUUAAAUGAAACUACUUCACAAAGUUAUAUUGAAUCUCCAAAAUUUAAUGAAACAUAUUCAAGUUCAAAUGAAGCUGCUUCACAAAACAAUAUUGACUCCUUAAAAGAAACAUGCCCAAAUGAAAUUACUUCACAAAACAACAUUGAUGCUCUAAAAGAAACAUAUCCAAGCUCAGAUGAAAUUUCAGGAAGCAAUAUUGAAUCUCUGAAGGAUACAAAUUCAAAUGAAAAUGUUGAAGAAAGAGAGAUUUCUAAUGACACUAGUAUUAAAAGUGGCUACACUACAAAUCUGUCAGUGCUUAAUAAGAAACCAGACAAGUCAAUGAUACCCAAAAGGAGUGCCAGCAUGUACGUUCCUAGACAAAGAAGUACCACCAGUGCAUUUUGGAGAAGAAAUAUCAGAAAGAGGACCAAAAGUCUUAUUGAAAUUGACAUAGAUUUUAGUGACAUCGAGGAAGAAGCUGAAACAUUUAUGUCAGACACAGAAGUAGAAAAUGAAGUAUUUAAAGUAGAUACAGAAAAAGGAAUUCAUAAGACAGAUUUAGAACAAGAAAUGUUCAAGUCAGAUACAGAAAAAGAUACAUGUUAUUCGGGUAUAGAUGAAGAAACCUUUAAGUCAACCACAGAAAAAGAAACAUUAAAACAAACUAUAACAAUAGAAACAUAUAAGUCAGAUUCCGGAACAGAAUCUUUAAAUAUAGAUAUAGAAAAGGAAGAAUUGACAUUAGAAAAAGAAACUGUAAAGACAGAUGAAGAAGAAGGAAGACAGAAGUCAUAUAGAAAUAAAAUGCCAUUAAGUAAAGAUAAUAAUGUUGAUUCUGUAAAAGCAAAUAUUGAUUCAGUUUGUCUUUCAAACAUUGAAUCUGCAGAUGGGAUUAAUAAUGGAAAUGAUAACAAUCAACAGAGCACAAAUGAAAAUAAUUUAGAUCUACAUAUUUCCCUAGAGUCAAACAAAUAUGCUGUAAGUAAUGGGAGGCAUAUACCAGUAAUGCUAAAUAAGAAACCAGAUAAAUCUUUGAUUCCUAAAAGGAGUGCCAGUAUGUAUACUCCAAGACGGAGAAGUAUAGCAAGUGCAAAUUGGCGGAGAAUUUCAUCAAAAAGAAGUAUUAGUCUUUAUGACAAUGCCUUAGAUAUAGAUAUUGAUUUUAAUGAGAUAGAUAUACAAAAAGAAAUUUUGAAGUCAGACAUUGACAUAGAAAAUGCUAAAUCUGUAAUAGACAAAGAAACUGCCUUGUUGGAUACAAGAAAACAAACUGUGAAGUUGGAUACAGAAAAAGAAGGUUUUGACUCAAAUAUACAAAAAGAAUCAGAUACAGAAGACGAAAUGUUUGAAUUAGAUAGAAAUAAUCAGACAAAACUUGAAAAUGACAUAUUAAGUAAGAAUAAUAUUGUUGACACUGAAUCAUUUGAUCCAGUAAAUGAUCAGGAAAACGCUGCUGACAUCUGCUUAGACAUCACUGAUGAUGAUACAGAAAGUGAUGUAGCUGUCAAUUUAGAUGAGGUAGAUAUGGAAGUAGAUUUAGAUGAACAUUGUGGUUUGGAAUCAAUGUACAGUGAAGUUAUACAGGAGAAUGAGUUUGACGAUUUUAUUGAUGAAUUUGAUAGGAAGUUAUCCUGGCUUUAUAGGACACAGGGCACAGCAGAUACUCGUAUCCGAUUACGUAGGAACAAGUCAUUGUCCCCACACCCUGACCGACCCAAGUCAGAAAUCGGUGUCCGAUGGGCAGACGGUGACUCAGGAGAUUAUGACAUCACGGAAACAACUGUAAAAUUACGCAAUAAAAGUGCUAGAGACAGGCCGCGGCCUAAAUCUGAUCUGGAGGAUAAUAUUCACCUAUUUGAUGAGCUUUUUGAGGAAGUUUUAGAAGAUUUUGAAACAGAUGGCAGCUCAUUUUUGUCAGAGAGAAUGAAGGCCUUUGGUAGCGAGAUUAAUUUACAGCCAUAUUGCUCGUUACGAAGUCUAUAUGAGAUGAAGCGAAAUGACCUUGACAGACAGAAAAACAGACGGAUGUCAACUCCACACCCCAUCAAGUCACGCCUUCAGAGGGCUCCACAAAAAUUGCAUAAACAGCAGCCACUUGUGCGAUCCAGCAGUAUGCCAGAAAGUCUCGAAAAAAUCCACAAACGUAGAAAAAUGCAUCAUCUUCUAGAUUUCCAUUUAGACACCCUAUCUCGCCACAUAGACAUUGACACCCUCUCAGACGAGUCUGACCUCUCGUUUGACCAGGCUAGCUUACAGGAGAGAAGUAUCAGUGUCCAGUCAUCUAGUAGUCAACUUACUGCCAUGGAUGAGGACGAGGAUAACUUGACGUAUGCUGAGGCAUUAUGGGAUCAUAUUACGAUGGACCCCGAGGAGCUGGGCUUCCGGGCGCAAGACGUAAUAGAAGUUCUCGACAUGGCAGACAAAGACUGGUGGUUUGGUGUCAUAGAUGACAGAGAGGGUUGGUUCCCUGCAACCUUUGUCAGGAUUAGGGUAAAUCAGGACGAACUAGACGAUGACCUUGACCUCGAUACAACCAUACAAGAUAACUUGACGACCAGUCCGAAGUUACGACGUAUCAGUAUGUUCAACAAGAACCAGGCCAGAAGUAACGUCGUCAAUGAGAUUAUAAAUGCAGAAAAAGAAUAUGUUAAACACCUGAAAGAUGUCGUUGAGGGUUAUAUUCAACAUGCCAGAAAGAGAACAGAAAUGUUCCCGGAGGAAAGAAUUGCACUGAUUUUUGGCAACUUAGAAAAGAUAUACAGUUUUGCUCAGAAGUUUGUCUCCCAGUUAGAGAUGUGCAUAGAUGUUUGUCCACAUUUAAGUGAGAUAGGUCAAUGCUUUCUAGAUAAUGAACGAGGGUUUGAGAUCUACUCUGAUUACUGCAACAAUCAUCCGUCCGCUUGUGAAGAACUUGACGAACUCUGUAAAGAUUCCAAAUAUAAACAUUUUUUCGAGGCUUGUCGACUGUUACAAGAGCUCGUAGAGAUUCCACUAGAAGGUUUCCUACUUACUCCAGUACAGAAGAUUUGUAAAUACCCAUUACAACUAGCCGAACUUCUUAAGUACACUCCACCAGAUCACGCCGAUUAUCAGAUGGUUAAAGAUGCCCUGGCGGCCAUGAGAAAGAUUGCCACGUUAAUCAAUGAACGAAAGAGAAAAAUGGAGAGUAUAGAGAAAAUUGCAGUCUGGCAGCAUUCGGUGGUCGACUGGGAGGGACCAGACUUGUUAGAGGGUAGUUCUGAGUUGAUAUUUUCCGGAGAACUUAAUAAGAUCAACACUGCAGGCUGGUCACAAGAACGAUUUUUCUUCCUAUUUGACCAUCAAGUUGUCUACUGUAAAAAGGAAUUGCUCAAGCGUCAUGUAUUUAGUUAUAAAGGAAGAAUAGAUCUAGAUCACUGUGAUAUUAUAGAUAUACCAGAUGGGAAAGAUAGUCAAUAUAACGUGACGGUGAAACAUGCAUGGAAGUUUCACGAGACUCUAAAAGAUAAAUGGUACCUCAUUUACGCAAAAUCCGAGGCGGUAAAACAGUCGUGGCUGAAGGCAAUCAGAGACGAGAGACAAAGGGUGCUCCAGGACCAAGAAAAUGAUUUUUGUGUACCAGACCAUUGGAAACAGACUGUAUUAAACAAAGUUCGCUCUCAGUCACAUUUGAAAGAUAAACAAUCAGGGGGCCGUAUGUCACAUGGACAGUUAUUGAUGCAAAAAGAUUUGAAAGACUUUACGUAUUCUACUCUACCACGUCAUAGAACCUCACAAAAACAUGAUAAAAAGAAAGGAUGGUUUAAAUUUGGAGGAGGGAAAAAAUCUAAAAGAUGAAAUAUUUAAUUCUCCUAGAUACUAAUACUCUUCUCAAAAUAUUGCAUACGGUUAAAAAUGAGGCAAUAAGUAUUUUGCCUACUAAAGGAGGAAAGAAAUUUUGUGACAGAAAUUUGAACACCAUCAGUAAGACAGGAAUUUGUGCACCAGCUGUAGGACAGAAAUUUGAGCACCAACUGUAAGACAGGAAUUUGUGCACCAGCUGUAGGACAGAAAUUUGUGCACCAACUGUAAGACAGAAAUUUGUGCACCAGCUGUAAGGCAGAAAUUUGUGCACCAGCUAUAGGCACCAGAAAGUGUUCUAUUUGUUUCAUGUCUUCGGAAAGAUCUUUUGUGAUUAAAACUACCAUUAUCACUGGUGAGGACGGGUUUUAUAUGUAAAGCUACAUCUAUGGUUUAACCGUUUUAAUAAGGGAAAACUAUCACGGAAUGAUGAAAUAUAGUUGAAAACUGAGUGUAAUGUUACUUGAUAUUACCUGGACAGAAAAUAAUGUGUUAAAUUUAAUGAACUUACUUUGCUCUACAAACACUUCUAUGGAAUAGAAUAAUUUUGUCUUAAAAGACAUUUAUUGGAUUUGUGCAAUAAGAUGUACCCUGCAUGGUUUUUACAUGUGUAACAUGAAAAAUACGUGCUUGUGUUUUAAAUAUGAUAACUGCAUAAUUGAUAAUAAAAUAACAUUGACAGUAUUUUAUGAUAUAAUUCAUGUUAUAAUUUGACAGUUUUUUUUUAAAAAUAUUUGUAUUGCUUUUAUUAUUCAUAGAAAAAUGAAUCUUUUUUAUUAUAAUGUACAUGUGUAAUGUACAUGUACAUGUAAAAUGUGUAUUGAAGUGAAAUGAUGUACUAAAUUUAAUUGGAUUCUAGUUCUUAUCUUUUCUUUCAGACAUGAUUUCUAUGUUAUUCAAAAGUGACAUCAAUUAAUUGUGAUGUCAUUUAAAUGGUUCAACAAUUAAUGGCCUAAUAUUAGUAGAUUCAGAAUUAUGAACUAUGAUAAUUAUCACCAUCAUUAUAUUUAAAUUUGACCAAACAAUUGUUUAUUUUUAAUCAAUAUCAUAAAUGUCAAUGGCUUGAACUAUUCUUUUGCUUAUGUAUUGAAUACAUAAUUCAAAAUUUGUUUAAAAUGCCUUAACUGAAUAUGACGGGUUUUGCAUUUUUUUAAAUUUUUGUUUUUGUUUUUUUCUGACAUUUUUAUAUUUCAUAAAAUUUUUACAUAUAGAUAGAAUGGCCUAAAAUGAUAAAUCAAUGUUUAAUAUAGAUAGGUAAACUGGUAAACAUAUACAGGUCAAUACUUAUAUACACUGCCAAACCUGUUCCACAAUUCAUGAUAUUUGCUAUUUUAUAAUCACUAUCAGCAUAAAUAUAUAUUUUUGUUUUGUAUUUAGAUAUAGAAUAAACUGCUGUACAACUGCUUAUGAUGAUAUAUAGAUCUUAAAGUGUGAUAACUUAGUUAUUGACUUAGGUUUAUUUCAUAAUACAUUAAGACCUGUCUUCAAAGACCAUUUAUUGGACUAUCUUUGGUGACAGGUGACUUCUAAACACAGGUUUAAUACAUUGCUGAUAUUGAUAAAAUCAUAAUGGAAAAAAACAAAAUAUGGUCUAUAAAAGGUCUCUGAUUAAAGGUGGCCUUUCAAUGCAAGUUUUACUGUAUAUCCAUUGAGAAACAUGUUUCUAACGCAGUGAGUAAGCUGCAGUCAUUAUGCAAAGCAUAUAAGGUGCUUAAUUAUUUUUUUUGUCAUGGUAAAUUCCUGACUUUUUUAUGUCGUAUUAUGAUAUAUAUAUAUAUAUAAUGUAACAUUAUAAUAUAUACAUGUAUAUAUAUAUAUAGUUAGUUUUUAUGUGAAUGCUUAUUUAUUAUUUCUUUAAAUUUUGAAAUGUGUAACUUGUUUGUAUAUGCCAUGGAAUUACUUCUCAAUCUGUGACUGGAACAUGCUGAUGUUUUUUUAUUUGUUGUUUUUUUUCUUUAUGUAAUGAUUGAGUAAUAUCUGUAACUUAUUCUUUAUUCUGUUAUAAGAGAAGAUGCUAUAAAAAGUCAAAUCCAAACUCAAAAAAAAUAAACGAAAAAAAUAUAUACAAGUCA